CACCAUAACCAUAACUCUCAUCCAGCAAGUCUUAGCUUCUUCACUAAUUACCGCCAGAAUAUAUCUGCUCCUUCAACCCCAAAACAAUCAAUGUUGAAACCACAGAUUCACCACUCUCAUUCCUCAAGAACCCUCUUCCUGUUGCCCAACCCAUUCAUCCUUGGAAAUGGCCAAGCCCAUCUUCCUGUCAUUUCCAAGUCCUCCUCUACUAAAACUCUGAGAAAAAUCCGAUCAGUUGGCUAUAAACCUGGAAAUAUCAAAGCCAUAGCAAGCAUUACAGAGCAACAGAAGUCUAUCAAAGUGCAGGCUAUAGUUACUGUGAGCCGAACUGUUGGUGGGUUACUUUCCAACAUUGGGAUUCAGCAAGGACUAGAUGAUAUUACUGACUUGCUUGGCAAAACUCUCCUCCUGGAGCUUGUUAGUGCCCAGCUAGAUUCCCAGACGGGAUUGGAGAAGCCGAUGAUUAAAGGAUUCGCUCACCGAAAAGACGAACAUGAAGCCGAAAUCCGGUACGAAGCAGAGUUGGACGUUCCAGCUGGUUUUGGGCAAGUGGGUGCCAUUUACGUCGAAAAUGAGCACCACAAGGAGAUGUUCAUCAAGAAUAUAACCAUUGAUGGGUUUCCUGCUGGACCCGUUAAUCUUGAUUGUAAUUCAUGGGUUCACCCAAAGACUCAGAACAAGCGGAAAAGGGUCUUCUUCACUAAUAAGUCCUACUUGCCAUCAGAGACACCAGAUGGAUUAAGGAGGCUGAGAGAGGAAGAGCUACUUGUUCUGCGAGGAGAUGGUCAAGGAGAGCGCAAGACAGGCGAGAGGAUAUAUGAUUACGACGUUUACAACGAUCUUGGCAGCCCUGAUAGCAGCGAAGACCUAAAAAGACCCGUUCUUGGCGGCGAAGAGCGCCCUUACCCUAGACGUUGCCGAACAGGAAGGCCAAGGUGCAAGAAUGAUCCACUUUCGGAGUCGAGGGACGGCAACUUCUACGUGCCUCGAGACGAAGAAUUCUCAGAAGUAAAGGGGCUGACGUUUUCGGUGAAGACAGUUGACUCGGUAUUGCAUGCAGUGAUUCCCUCGUUAGAGACGUCAAUUGUAGAUUCUAACCUUGGAUUCCCAUACUUCGCCGCAAUAGAUUCGCUGUUCGAUGAAGGAAUCAAUUUGCCUCCUCUUACCAAACAAGGGUGGAGAAAUAUCCUUCCCAAUCUUAUCAAGGCUAUCACUGAUGAGGCUAAAGACUUGUUGCGAUUUGAUACCCCUGCAACAAUGGCCAAAGACAGAUUCUUUUGGCUCAGAGAUGUGGAAUUCGGUCGCCAGACCGUUGCUGGCCUCAACCCAUUGAGCAUACAAUUGGUCACGGAAUGGCCACUAAAGAGCGAACUUGAUCCUGAGAUCUAUGGCCCGCCAGAAUCAGCAAUCACCACAGAAACUAUUGAGCAAGAAAUUAGAGGUUUUAUGACAGUUGAGGAGGCUAUAAAGCAAAAGAAGCUCCUCAUCCUUGACUACCAUGACUUGUUUUUGCCAUUUGUGAGUAAAGUAAGACAGAUUGAGAACACCACGCUAUAUGGGUCUCGGACACUCUUCUUCUUAACCCCAGAUGAUACAUUGCGGCCGCUAGCCAUCGAGCUUACUCGCCCACCCAUGGACAGAAAACCACAGUGGAAGCAAGUUUAUGUACCAACUUGGCAUUCCACCGGUGCUUGUCUUUGGAGCCUAGCCAAAGCUCAUGUCCUUGCACAUGACUCCGGCUAUCACCAACUUAUUAGCCACUGGUUAAGAACACACGCUUGCACAGAACCGUACAUAAUUGCAGCCAAUCGACAACUUAGUGCCAUGCAUCCGGUCUAUAGAUUAUUGCUCCCUCAUUUCCGAUACACAAUGGAGAUAAAUGCUUUGGCUCGUAAAGCGCUCAUCAAUGCUGGAGGGAUUAUUGAGUCUUCAUUCUUUCCUGGAAAGUAUAGUAUGGAGAUGAGCUCUGUUAUUUAUGAUAAGCUGUGGAGGUUUGACCAUCAGUCACUUCCCAAUGAUCUAAUUAGCCGGGGAAUGGCUGUUAAAGAUCCAUCUGCUCCACAUGGUGUAAGACUAACAAUCCAAGACUAUCCUUUUGCAAAUGACGGACUACUUUUGUGGGAUGCCAUUAAAAAAUGGGUGAGUGACUAUGUGAAUCAUUACUAUACAGACCCAAGUCAGGUUUUAUCCGAUGAAGAGCUCCAGUCAUUUUGGACAGAAGUUCGAACUGUAGGCCACGGUGACAAAAAGGAUGAGCCAUGGUGGCCUGAGCUAAAAACACCCGCUGACCUGAUCGAAAUCAUCACAACAAUUGUAUGGGUAACAUCAGGUCACCAUGCAGCAGUGAACUUUGGACAAUAUGAAUAUGCAGGAUAUUUCCCAAAUAGACCUACAGUUGCUAGAAUGAAAAUGCCAACUGAAGACCCAACUGACGAAGAGUGGAAAUUCUUUUUGGAAAAACCUGAAGUCAUACUUUUAAGAACAUUCCCUUCACAGGUUCAGGCAGCAAAAGUGAUGGCUAUUCUGGAUGUGCUAUCGAAUCAUUCUCCUGAUGAGGAGUAUCUUGGGGAGGCAAUAGAGGCAGCCUGGAGUAGGCAGCCUGUUAUAAAAGCAGCUUUUGAAAAGUUCAAUGGGAGGCUGAAGGAGAUAGAAGGAAUUAUUGAUGAAAGGAAUGCUAAUGUGGAUUUGAAGAACAGAAGUGGAGCUGGCAUUGUGCCUUAUGAACUUCUAAAGCCAUUCUCUGAGCCUGGGGUUACGUCGAAAGGAGUUCCUUACAGUAUCUCCAUUUGAGCGAGGCUUUAAUCUGUUUUCUCAUCUUAAAGAGAAAUUAAUGGUUCUGAGGCCCAAUGCGUGGCAUUGCCUUUUCAUGCAUGUUCAGAAUCCUGUGAUACUAGCCUUAAUUCCUUGUGAUAUUAAUAAGUGGGGUAGCUACAGUUGAAUGCGACUUCCUCAGUUUGGAUUUUUAAUCUAUUUUAUAAGAAAAAAAAAAAGAAAUAAAUGCUUCUGAUUUGAUCAA